AUGCUUGCAAAUAGGUUACGCAGUAUCUCAGUGAUACAGGUGAGAAGCUAUGUUUCUUUAGGUGGAGAGGGUAAGCCGUUGGAUGAUUUAAUGAGCAAAUUGAGUAAUAUAACAAAGAAUGCCAAUGAAGAGAGGUUAAAAAAUAAGUCUUCCGGUAGCAAUGGAGAUAAGCAGUAUCAAAGAAAGAAGGAGGCCAAGAAGGCUACUAUUCAACGUAAGAGAUCGAGAUUUUCCAGGAAUAAUGGUGGAAAUGACGAUAACCGAGGUAACAGAAGACGAAAUUAUGGCAAUGGAAAUGGGAGCCGAAACGGUGGAAGAAACUACGAUGGUAACAGAUCGAGGGGUGGUCAGAAAUUGAAUUUGGAAGCUCAAACUGCCAAGGCUGAGGCCAAUGUUAAGGCGAUUUAUGAGCAUUUAAUGAGGACUAUGGGUACUAAUGGAAAAGGUGACGGUAACGAUACCAUGGCAAAUAAAAGUGUUCUCGACAUUUUCAUGAAGAUGGAAAAAGUGAAAGAGAAAGACUUAAACGAGGAGGAGGGAAAGGCAAGAAGUGAGUUCAUUAGAAGAAAACUUAGAAGUGAAUUGCAGCCACUUGGAUACUCCCACAAGAGCGUGAAGAAAGGUCUUGCUAACCAGGAGUUGCUUAGACGGUUGAGUAGUCUACAGGACUAUUCGAAAGGAUACUCCAUAUACCAGCCAGAAUUUCCUAAUGUGGCAGAGCUUCAACUAACCAAGACUAAGAUUGCAUAUAGUGCCAACAACCGAGUUCUACUAGCGUUGGAACAGAUUGCAGCCAUAAGGGGUUAUAAGUUGAAGGAUACGUACAAGAUGCAGCCGAUUUUACCUGCCAGUGCCAAUCUAUAUCCAUUCUGCAAUACUUUGAUUCCUGGUAACCUGGCAAGACCGAAAUCGGAUCUCAGAAGCUUUGACGAUGUCCCAGAAUCAGAGAUUAGAGCUACAAUCAAUUAUACUGUUAGAGGGAUAAGACCGGAGUUAAAGGUGGAUCCUAAGAAGCAAUAUAAAACACCCCAAAUGGAGCUAAAUGCUCACGUGGUGGUCAACUCCUUGAACAGUAAUGCUCAGCUGAAAGUUGAUAAUAUCCACCUUCCUAUGAGCAAGGUUCUUAUAGGCGAUGGUAAGCUUAGUGAGCUUCCCAAAAAGCAAAAUUGA